AUGGCCAGGCACCGUGAUCGGGCAGCAGGUGAUGUUAUCCGCCAGUUCCCCCAACCUCGACGCAGGUCAUUGUUUGAUUUGAAGCACCUCGCUCCCAGCGACGAUAUCACCACCGACUCGGAAUCUAUCUACAGCGACGAAAAAGGAAUAUUCAAUGCCAUCAUGGUACCUACGCCCAGCCGGGAUUCCCGCGGCUACGAGACUGUUUAUCAGAUGGGCCCUAUUAUGGAAGAAGGGCUCGCAGCCAAUCUCGCCAUGUUCAUUCCAACGAGUAGCUCCAGCAGCAGCCCUCCUUGGACAGCACAUCCUUAUGACGGGAACAAAGAACGCAAGAAAGCAGAUGCCGUGUGGUGGCGCCAUCAGGCGCUUUCCGAUCAGUCCUCGAACCGACUGCGACAACCUCCAUCGAGCCCUUUAAAUGGGACAACGUCAACAGCCGAAGCUAGUCAACAUCAUCGCAAAGCAAUCUCCCUCGAUACAGUCGAUACCAACGAACGGACGUCCAAUUGGCCAGGAAAGCCAGGACCAGCCGUUGUGCCUAACCAGCCGCGAUAUCCCCCGCCAGAAAGAAUCCCUACACCCCCAGGAGUCCCCUCGUUCAACACGCCCGAGGCAGUAUACACCUCAUCUCAAUUUCUCAAUGGACAUAGCGGCGGACGUUUCUAUGCACACCGAAAUACAGCCGGUGCUGAACAAGGCUCAUCUUCUUACGGAGGCGCCUUCCGGAGACUUUUCGGUCUACCAGCCUCUGUCGAUGCAUGGACAAACAUCCAGUCUGCUGUGGGAAUUGGACGAGCCGAUGAUGGGACUAUAGUCCAUGGUCGAUUUCCCUAUCGGCAGAGCGGGCAUAAUGCCAAUAUGGCUCGACAGAUACACGAUCAUCUGUUCCACCAGAACAGCCUACCAACCGCAGAAAAUGGCGAUGGAACCGAGAGGGGAGCUGUUGGCUCCAAGGAUGGUGAUGUCAAUGCUCAGCGCAGACGAUGGGCUAGAGCAUACAUUCCUCCUUCUAUGGGAAGAUUAUGGCCGUUCCAAGAUAGUCCUAUAUCGUCUACCCCCGUGUCACCAGUGACCCCUCAACCGGGAAUAUCAGAUCGGGCGCAUUCCUUCUUCGGGAUCCCACGUACAUCGGCUCGUUCAGAUGUAUCAAAUAGUAUACUAUCUGCCAGCCGACAGAGCGCAGAGGCUACAGCAAACCACAUUCCUUCCCACCACUCCCACCUCCAAUCCGUCCAGUCCAUCAACGACGACGACGACAACUCAAAUCAAGACAUAGACGCAGUCCCAGAAGGCAUACAUUCACCCUCCGACAUCCUCUCUUGGCUACCAGUACAAUUCUACCUCUGCUGUCUAUUGCGAACCUGUCCCUUCCAAGACCGGCGCGACGAUGUGGAAGCAUUGCAAACUACCAACUCCCAGGAUACAUAUCUGACUGCGCAGAGUCGGCCUUCGCAUUCUACAACGCAGUCUGCCGAGUUGCGAGAUGACAUGGGUCGAUUGGGGAGGAUUGAGGUUCCGCGUUGGAUUGUGGACGUUUGGGGGUGGGUUUUGCCUUAUAUUUCGUCUCGGGUGUUGGGUGUUUUUUGGUCUGGUCGGUGA